AUGCUUGUAUCCACCCUCGUUUUUAUCCUUGCACCAUUUCUGGUGUCUUCGACGCCAGUCAAUCGACCUACGUCUGGAGGAGCCGCAUACUUCAUGACAAACCUUGACGACAAUGUCGUGGUGUCCAACAAAAUAUCUCCAGAUGGGAAAUUGGCAAUUGCCUGCACUACGAAGACGAGGGGCCGUGGAUCAGCUGGAGUUGUUGCCAACCCUGGUGCUGAUCCUCUCUUCACGCAGGAUAGUGCUGGAUCAAAUACUGUGGUCAUGUUUAGGAUUGAUCCUAAUGAUCCGACUCGUCUAACCAUGGUGGGCAACCCUGUAUCCUCGGGAGGCGACUUUCCCGUCUCUAUCGCGGUAUCCGAAGCCAAGAAUAUGGUCUGUGUCCUCAACGGCGGUGAGGUCAAUGGCGUGAACUGCUUCAAGCCUGAUCCUCAAGUCGGACUUCUGCCCAUCCAAGGAACGAGGCGCUCAUUAAACAUCUCUCAGUCAACUCCUCCGACUGGGCCAGCAGGAACAGUGUCCGACAUUCUCUUCAGUGCCGACAGCUCGAAACUUCUCGCAACUGUCAAGGGAACGCCACCCAAUCCGGGAUUCCUAGCUGCCUGGAGUAUAUCUAACGAUGGCUCUCUAUCCAAGGACUUUGUUUCUUCAACUCCUGCGACGGGCGGGCUCCUGCCCUUCUCCGCCACUCCGAUCAAGGACAAAAAUGCCCUGCUCGUUACAGAUCCGGGUGCCGGAUUCUCUGUUUAUGACCUCUCUGGCCUCAGUGUGGAGCAGAAUAAACCGGCCUCGUCUAGUAUCAUUCCUGUCCAGGGCCAGAAAGCUGUUUGCUGGUCCGCCUUCUCUCCCAAGACGGGCAAUUACUACCUCACUGACAUUGGCACUUCGACGGUUACCGAAGCAAGCGUCGACGGGAACCUCAAAGGAGCCGUAGUCAAACAAUACCCGUUGGCCGCCAACUCGUCAACUAUUGAUGUUGCGAUUGCAUCAUUAUCUUCAAAUGACUUUCUCUACGUCCUUUCUGCGUCCGCAAAGUCAAUCGACGUCCUCGCUUUGAACGCGCCAGCCAACGCUAGACCCAUACAGACACUUAAAUUUGAGUCUGCCCUCAAAUCCAAAGGAAUUACCGUUGAUGGGAAUAGGGUGCAAGGCAUGGCUGUUUUUGUCAGGGGCUCAUAG